ACCACAGACCGUCGCGCUUUGUACCGGAUCCGUUCCCCUCUACCGGACUCGACCGGGCUCUAUCGGAGACUCUACCGGAGACUCUGCAGGCGGAGCAGCAAGCAGCUGAUGACAUCACUUCCUGUGUGUUUCCACGCAGCUGUCGAUGUGAAUCUCUUCCUCUGACCUUCGACAGGAAGUCCAACCAACGCCUCCUCUCUGCUGCCCCCAGUGCAUCAUGGGAUUUGCGGUCUUCUUCGCCCUCCUCUACGUGGCGACGUCGUCAGUGCGUGCUGGAGAAGGCGGGACCAGUCAGGCAGGUGGCGCUGUGCCGUGCCCGCUGCAGUGCGUGUGUGAGACCCGGCCGUGGUACACGCCGCAGUCCGUGUUCCACCAGGCCAGAACCGUGGACUGCAACGAGCUGCACCUGCACCGGCUGCCGGCCGGCGUGUCCGCCGACACACAGGUUCUGCUGCUGCAGAGCAACAACAUCUCCAACAUCGACUCGGAGCUGCAGAGCCUGAAGAACCUCACAGAACUGGACCUGUCGCAGAACCACUUCACCCAGGUGAGCUCGAUGGGCCUGUCCUCUCUGGGCCGGCUGGUGACUCUGUACCUGGAGGAGAACCACCUUGAGGAGUUGGAGGACUUCGGCCUGAGGAACCUCUCCAGCCUGGAGGAGCUCUACAUGAACCACAACCGCAUCUCCUCCAUCGGACCCAGAGCCUUCGCUGGACUCACCAACCUGUUGCGGCUCCACCUGAACUCCAACCGGCUGGUGGCCCUCGACAGCCGCUGGUUCGAGUCCCUGCCGUCCCUGGAGAUCCUGAUGAUCGGGGAGAACCCCAUCCUGGGUCUGGAGGAGAGGAACUUCCUGCCGCUGACCCGCCUCCACAGCCUGGUUCUGGCCGGGAUGGGUCUGGCCUCCGUCCCCUCCGCCGCCUUCCUGGGCCUGGACAACCUGGAGAGUCUCUCCUUCUACGACAACCGGCUCAGGUCGGUUCCCCGGGACGCGCUGAGCGUGCUGCCCAACCUGAAGUUCCUGGACCUGAACAGGAACCCGAUCGGCCGAGUCCAGCGGGGAGAUUUCCAGAACCUUCUGCACCUGGUGGAGCUCAGCCUCAACAACAUGGAGGAGCUGCUGCUGGUGGAGCGAGAGGCGUUCAAGAACCUCCCAGAAAUUGUUAAACUGGAACUCUGCAGCAACCCGAGACUGUCGUACAUCGACCCACAGGCCUUCAGCGAGCUCUCCUCCCUCCGGACCCUGCUGGUCCACAGUAACCAGCUGCGCCUCCUCUCCGGUGACCUCCUCUCCUCCCUCCCGUCCCUGGAGGAGGUGUGUCUCCACUCCAACCCCCUGCGCUGUGACUGUCUCACCUCCUGGGGGCCUCACCUGGGCAACCAGUCGCACCUGAAGCUGCUGGAGUCCGCCAUCACCCUCUGCUCCUCCCCGCCUCACCUGAUUGGCCGGGAGCUGCAGGAGGUGGUGGGCGCCGAGUGGGGCGGGGCCGGAGGCGGUGGGGGCGGGGCUAACAGCUGCCUGCCUCACAUCUCUCCUCACGCCUUCCCGCCCGCCAUGAACGUCAGCGCCGGGCGGCCAAUCACACUGGAGUGCUGGGCGGAGGCUGACCCCGCCCCCCAAUUCUACUGGGUGACGCCCACUGGAGACAAGGUGAGCUCGGAGGCCAUGGCUGCACCAAUCGUAUCAGAGGAGGGGCGUGGCCUGAGCAUCAGGAAGAAGAAGAAGCAUCGUGUGUCGGAGCCCGGAGCGCUGGUCAUCGAACACGCGGAGCCGUCAGACGCAGGUGUGUAUACCUGUGUGGCGUGGAACUCGGAGGGCGCCGACAUAAAGAGCGUCUCAGUGUCCGUGGACUCUCGGGGGUCCGGGGACUCGUGGUCCGGGUGGGGGACCCGGUGGGCCGGUGAGCCCGGCAGAGAGCAGCCCUGGCUGGGGAACUCGUCUCUGAUGGUGCUGGCCAAGGUGGUGCACGCCCAGUCGGUGGUUCUGGAGUGGAAGUUGUUUCCCAGUGGAAGACCUUUGUCUGUGGGUCAAAACCAGCAGGACGCCCCCCUUCCUGUGACCCGCUGGACCAGCGCCACCGUACACAUUGACACCCCUCAGAUCAGCUACACCGCCAAGGUUCCAGUGGAUGUCCAGGAGUAUAAUCUCACUCACCUCCUCCCCGCCACAGAGUACCACGUCUGCCUCACGGUCUUCUCCUCUCCUCCCUCCUCGCCCGGCUCCUCCCCCGGCUCCUCCCCUCCCCCCUCCUCCCCCUCCCCCUUCCACAUGACCUGCCUGAACGUCACCACGAAGGAGGCGGGUUUCUCGGUGGAGCUGGUGGCGUCGCGGCGCAGCAGCGUGGCGCUGGCGGCCGUCAUGGGCUCCAUGUUCGCGCUGUCCAUCAUGGCGCUGCUGGUGGUCUACAUGGGCCGCCGGGUCCAGCAGCACGAGACCUGCGGACACUCGCUGAAGAAGUACAUGCAGCACGCCACCUCCAUCCCGCUGAGCGACCUGGACCCGCCCCUCAUCACGCUGUGGGAGAGCGAGGCCGAGAAGGACAAGGAGGAGAGGGAGGCGGGGGGGGGUCAUAUCGACACCACCAAGACCUACAUGUGGUAGCGGGAGGAGGGACCAGCAGGAGGAGGGACCAGCAGGAGGAGGGACCAGUGGGAAGAAGAGGGACCAGCAGGAGGAGGGA